AAAAACUUGCCUGUUUUCAAUUGAUUGGACCGUUUUCAAUAUUCAAUAUAUAUUAAGAUCAAACGUAGCUUUAGCUUGAACUACAUGUGUAUAAUAAAUAGUAGAAGAUAUUCAAAAUAAGAUCGAAGACAUUUUGCUGAAAUAACAACGCUCGCAUCUAAGGCGUGUGAUACAUUUUCUAAGAAGGGUUUAAUGUUUUAAAUAUUGUGACAUGAAAAUAACACAUAAACACACGUGGAAGUAAAUAACAGCGAACGAGUUUAUCAAACUAAAACGAACCAUCCAUAAACGGGUACUCUUACAAGGCGAUAAGUGGCCGUCUGUGACUAACGGCAGUGUUAGAAUGCUCCAAGCCUCACACAGUCGAUUACGGAAACACGUGUUUGCGUGUAUAGUUGUUCUCUCAGUCCCAUUAAUAGUGAAUGUAUAUGUAACGAUUGGGUUCAGUGUAAAAAAAGCCAAUGCGCUCAGAAGAAAUGACAACAUAGAGGACUCAAUCGAGGCUAUGAUCGAUAGCGAAGAUGUCACGAUGACGACACCUUGGUUGCUUGUUUCCCGCUCUAUUGCGAACAAGACCAUAAAAACAGCAAAGGAGUUUUGGAGUGUUUCUCAUAGCCUUAAUAUUUGCAGUUCGUCUCCGAUUAUGUUAGUGGGGCGACUUAACAUAGACCUAAGUGAUAACACUAACUUCACCUUCCAUAAAGAGUACCUUGACAUCAUUUCCGGUGGCACAUGGAAACCACGUGACUGUUUUGCUAGACAGCGGGUCGCUAUCAUCAUUCCAUUCAGGGAUAGGCGUAAACAUUUGGAACAGUUGCAAUAUUAUCUCAUCCCAAUGCUUAAGCGCCAGCAGCUUAAUUUUCGGUUCUUCGUCGUUGAACAGAAUGGAAACAACACAUUCAACAAAGGACUCAUCAUGAACGCGGCGUUCGCUGAGGUCCGAAAGAUAGAGGAUUUCGACUGCUUCGUCUUCCAUGACGUGGACAUGAUUCCCGAGGAUGACCGGAACAUUUACACGUGCACGGACGCUCCGAAACACAUGUCACCCGCCUUGGAUAAAUUUGGAUACAGGCUUCCUUAUAUGCAGUUAGUCGGCGGUGUGCUCAGCAUGAAACCUGAUGUGUUCAUAGCAGUCAACGGAUAUUCCAACCUUUACUGGGGCUGGGGUGCAGAAGAUGACGACAUGGCAGCUAGAAUAAAAUUCAAAAAUCUUGGAAUUGUUCGACCACCCCUCACUACUGGACGGUACAGAAUGAUCAAGCACAGCAAACGGGAAAUGAAUCCAGCCAAAAUAAGGAUGUUCCUUUUGAAGACUGUCAAGAAUCGUUUUAUGAAGGACGGACUAAAUUCAGUGCAAUACAAAACAGUUUUUGUUAAAUUGACACCCCUUUUCACCCAUAUAAUGGUGGAUGUAGGCGAACCGCCUAAAGACACAAACAAAAUAACAAGUAUGAUGACACAGACAUAGACCUUCUCGCUGUUAACAUGGACUAGAUGUACUGGAUCAACAAUCGGUAAAGCAUAACACAUUUAUUUAUUUGACACUAGAUGGUAAACAAUGUAAACUUAAUGUUUUUGUGUGUGUACUGAAUGCAGUGGACAUUUCUGGACAUGACUAACGACGUUUGCAUGUUGUUCGUGACAUGCGUAUGUAUACAACAUUUACAGCGAACACUGCUGGCGCAAUAUUCCAGGUACGUAUGUACAAUCAGGGACGUUAAUGUGUUACUUUUUGCAAAAAAUAUAUUGAAAUAUGUUAGAAAUCGAAUUAUUAUCAUUACAUAAAAAAUUGUUAAUAUUUGAAUUGACUUUCGUAAAAUUUUAAUUUAUCUUGAACACUUUUAUCGUAAACUGUACAUUGUAUCAUUAACUUCGAUGCAAACAAUAGAACAAAUAGAAUCUGUCAUAAUCAGUGCGUCUACAUAUUAACACAAACACAUGUUACUUUAGGUGAUUAGAGUUUAUGCAUGCAAACAAUACAUGGGGUAAAAAUUCACAUUUAAUCUUUGCAUUUACUUUUAAAUGUGACGUGUAUUUUAUGUAAUUAACAAGAAAGUAUGUGUAACAAUACCCGCUUUGCGAUCUUAAUGGGGUAUACUGGAAGCACUAUGACGGUAUGUCUGUCCGUCUGUCCGUUUGACCGUAUGUAGCACUUAUUUGUCCUAAGGCUUUGUCCUAAACUUGUGUGCAUCCUGUUAAGUUUACAAAAAUUUGAUUUGUCUCUCGUUUCUUUUUAUUCUUUUUUUUCUUGGAAAAUGGCGAUGUUUACCGUUUUCAAAAUUUUUCUUGUGAUCCAUGGUGUUUUUGUUCUGGAUUGCGAAAGUAUGUCCCGUAGAACAAGCUCUGUUACAACAAGCUCGCAAUAAUUGUUUCGGUCCUGCCUGUAAUUAUACCUGUUCUUUCUUUGCUUCAAAUACCAUUGCUUUCUUUGUUAAUUUUGUCCUAAAUUAUUUUUAUUAUUAGAUACAAUAGUAUGUAAUGUCUUGCCAAAAUGUCUUGCGUGUUUAAAUUAACUGCAUUACACACAUACGACUUUAAGUUAGUUCAAUAAAAGUUGUUGCUUUAAUA